GAUAAUUUAUUUUUAACACAAUUUUUACUGAAUGGAAAAGUUAAUUAUAUAUAAAAAUAAAUAAGUGCGGGAUCGCUGGUGAUCCAAAGUUACGUAGAAAGCGUUUUAUCGAAAAAAGGUAUCAACCGGUAAAGUAACACCGCACAGGAUCUGUGUUGAUCGAAGCAAGUUAGCGUAGAUAUCGACGUGGCGCUGUGUAUAUGCGAAUGUGACGAUCGAAAGUUGACGUGCGAAACUGAUGUGCGCAGUGUGUCGAACGAAUCGCGAGUCCUAUCCUGUUGUCCAUCCUUUUUGUUUGGUGGGUAGGGGUACUGGUAUGGUGAGCUUUGUUGUAGUGCCAUCAGGUGUGGUGAAUUGCGAUGUUGUAUUAGGAUGCGCCAGUUUUAUCGGGUAGAGGGGAUGGAUGCUUCUUCUUCUUCUUCUUGGCGUAGACACCGCUUACGCGAUUAUAGCCGAGUCAACAACAGCGCGACAGUCGUUUCUUCUCUUCGCUACGUGGCGCCAAUUGGAUAUUCGAAGCGAAGCCAGGUCCUUCUCCACUUGGUCCUUCCAACGGAGUGGAGGUUUUCCUCUUCCUCUGCUUCGCCCGGCGGGUACAGCGUCGAAUACUUUCAGAGCUGGAGUGUUUUCGUUCAUUCGAACAACAUGACCUAGCCAGCGUAGCCGCUGUCUUUUAAUUCGCUGAACUAUGUCAAUGUCGUCGUAUAUCUCGUACAGCUCAUCGUUCCAUCGAAUGCGAUAUUCGCCGUGGCCAACGCCCAAAGGACCAUAAAUCUUUCGCAGAACUUUUCUCUCGAAAACUCGCAACGUCGACUCAUCAGAUGUUGUCAUCGUCCAAGCCUCUGCACCAUAUAGCAGGACGGGUAUUAUGAGUGACUUAUAGAGUUUGGUUUUUGUUCGUCGACAGAGGACUUUGGUUCUCAAUUGCCUACUCAGUCCGAAGUAGCACCUGUUGGCAAGAGUUAUCCUGCGUUGGAUUUCUAAGCUGACAUUGUUGGUGGUGUUUACGCUAGUUCCACGAUAGACGAAAUUAUCUACUACUUCAAAGUUAUGACUGUCAACAGUGACGUGAGUGCCAAGUCGCGAGUGCGACGACUGUUUGUUUGAUGACAGGAAAUAUUUCGUCUUGCCCUCGUUCACUGCCAGACCCAUUUGUUUUGCUUCCUUAUUCAGUCUGGAGAAAGCAGAACUAACGGGGCGGGUGUUGAGACCGAUGAUAUCAAUAUCAUCGGCUUACGCCAGCAGCUGUACACUCUUAUAAAAGAUUGUACCUUCUCUGUUGAGUUCUGCAGCUCGAGCUAUUUUCUCCAGCAGCAGAUUGAAGAAAUCGCACGAUAGGGAGUCGCCUUGUCUGAAACCUUGGUAUCAAACGGCUAGGAGAGGUCCUUCCCGAUCCUGACGGAGCUUUUGGUCCCGCUCAACGUCAGUUUACACAGCCGUAUUAGUUUUGCGGGGAUACCAAAUUCAGACAUUGCGGCAUAAAGGUAGCACCUUUUCGUACUGUCGAAAACAGCUUUGAAAUCAACGAAGAGGUGAUGUGUGUCUAUUCUCCUUUCACGGGUCUUUUCCAAGAUUUGGCGCAUGGCGAAUAUCUGGUCAGUUGUUGAUUUACCAGGUGUAAAACCACACUGAUAAGGUCCAAUCAGUUUGUUGACGGUGGGCUUUAAUCGUUCACACAAUACGCUCGACAGAACCUUAUAUGCGAUGUUGAGGAGGCUUAUCCCACGGUAGUUGGCACAGAUUGUGGGGUCUCCUUUUUUAUGGAUUGGGCAUAGCACACUUAAAUUCCAAUCGUUGGGCAUGCUUUCGUCCGACCAUAUUUUACAAUGAAGUUGAUGCAUGCUCCUUAUCAGUUCUACGCCGCCGUGUUUGAAUAGCUCGGCCGGCAAUCCAUCGCCCCCUGCCGCUUUGUUGUUUUUCAGUCGGGCAAUUGCUAUUCGAACUUCUUCAUGAUCGGGCAAUGGAACGUCUGCUCCAUCGUCAUCGAUUGGGGUAUCGGGUUCGCCUUCUCCUGGUGUUGUGCGUUCACUGCCAUUCAGCAGGCUGGAGAAGUGUUCCCUCCAUAAUUUAAGUAUGCUCUGGGCAUCAGUGGCUAGAUCACCUUGGGGGGUUCUACAAGAGUAUGCUCCGGUCUUGAAACCUUCUGUAAGCCGCCGCAUCUUUUCGUAGAAUUUUCGAGCAUUACCCCUGUCGGCCAGCUUAUCAAGCUGUUCGUACUCACGCAUUUCGGCCUCUUUCUUUUUCUGUCUACAAAUGCGUCUCGCUUCCCUCUUCAACUCUCGGUAUCUAUCCCAUCCCGCACGUGUUGUGGUCGAUCGUAACGUUGCGAGGUAGGCAGCCUGUUUUCUCUCCGCUGCGACACGACACUCCUCGUCGUACCAGCUGUUCUUUUGCACUUUCCGAAAACCAAUGGUUUCGGUUGCAGCUGUACGUAAGGAGUUUGAAAUGCCGUCCCACAGUUCCCUUAUAACGAGUUGUGUACGAGUGCUCUUAGAGAGCAGGAGUGCAAGUCGAGUAGAAAAUCGUUCGGCUAUCUAUUGUGAUUGCAAUUUCUCGACGUUCAACCUUCGUUCUGUUUGUUGGCGUGCGUUGUUUGCUACACAGAGGCGGGUGCGAAUCUUGGCUGCAACAAGAUAGUGGUCCGAGUCGGUAUUAGGACCUCAGAUCUCACGCACGUCUAGAACAUUGGAGACGUGUCUUCCGUCUAUCACAAGAUGAAGGUUGGUGGUUUUUCGAUCUGGAGACAGCCAGGUAGCUUGAUGAAUCUUCUUAUGCUGGAAUCUAGUACUACAGAUAACCAUAUUUCGGGCCCCGGCGAAGUCGAUCAGUCUCAACCCAUUUGGGGAUGUUUCCUCGUGGAGGCUGAAUUUACCGACGGCAGUGCCAAAGAUACCUUCUUUGCCCACCCUGGCGUUGAAGUCGCCAAGCACGAUUUUUACAUCGUGACGGGGGCAUCUCACAUAAGUGCGCUCCAAGCACUCAUAAAAGGCGUCUUUUGUCACAUGGUCCUUCUCUUCCGUCGGGGCGUGGGCGCAAAUCAGCGAUAUGUUGAAGAACCUCGCUUUGAUGCGGAUUGUGGCUAGACGUUCAUUCACCGCAGUGAAUGAUAGUACUCGGUGACGGAGUCUCCCUCCCACCACGAAUCCCACACCGAACUUGCGCUCCUUUAUAUGGCCACUGUAGUAAAUGUCACAAGGACCUACUCGUCUCUGUCCUUGUCCCGUCCAUCGCAUUUCUUGGACGGCGGUGAUGUCAGCCUUUAUUUUCAAGAGGACAUCAACCAGCUGGGCAGCGGCACCUUCCCAAUUAAGGAACCGGACAUUCCAGGUGCAUGCCCUUAGUUCGUAGUCCUUAUUUCGUUUGCCAUGGUCGUCAUAAAAAGGGGGGGUCUCUCAUCCGAGGCUGUGUUUGCUUUUUCAUUUUUUACGUGGCGGGUCCCAAACCCAGCGCACAACCCUAAGUAGGGGAUAUUUCGCCUUCUCACUUUAGCUCGCCUUCAAACGGAUGUUCUUAGGCUACCCAGAGGAUACUUGGUCAAAGACCAAGGUCUUAUGACAGCCGUAUACAUUAACACCAUUAUACUAGGUUUGAGAUCCCAAUUCUUGGUGACGAUUCUCUUGCAAGUAUAGUAGACCAUGUAUGCUUUAUUUAUUCUUUUUUCUAUAUUUAUUUUCCAGAGCAGUUUGAUGUCAAUCUCCACCCCCAAGUAUUUAGCCGUCGGGAAUAGAGUGAGUGUUGUACCUUUUAGUACUGGAAGUUGAAACUGAGGGAUUUUGGUUCUGCUUGUGAAUAGCAUCAAUUCUGUUUUGUUCAGGUUAACUCCUAGUCCAUUGUUCUUAGCCCAUAAACGCCACCAACCUGAUCGAUCAUGUUGUGAAAGAUGGAAGACAUUUCUCCAGUAUUCUGGACGUUCGUACGCUCCGAAGUCCUAACAUCGAUUGUUGCAGCCAAGAUUCGCACCCACCUCUGUGUAGCAAAAAACGCACUGCAUCAAACACAAGGAAGGUUCGACGUCGAGAAGCUAUAAUCACAACAGACAGAAAAAGGAAGAGGCCGAAAUGCGUGACUAUGAAGAGUCUGACAAGCUGGACGGCAGGGGCAAUGCUCGAAAAUUCUACGAAAAAAUGCAGCGGCUAAUAGAAGGUUUGAAGACCGGAGCAUACUCUUGUAAAAUAAUCAAAUCGACGGCCAAAGCAUACUAAAAUUAUGGAGGGAACACUCCUCCAGCCUGCUGAAUGGCAGUGAAUGCAUACGCCUGGAGAAGGCAAACACGAUUCCCCAAUCGAUGACGUUGGAGCAGACGUUCCAUUGCCCGACCAUAAAGAAGUUCGAAAAGCAGUUAUCCACCUGAAGAACAGCAAACAGGUGGCUGCCGAUGCAUUGCCGGCUGAGCUACUAAAACACGGCGAUGAAGAACUAAUAAGGAAUAUGUAUCAGCUCCUUUGUAAAAUAUGGUCGGACGAAAGCAUGCCCAACGAUAGGAAUUUAAGUGUGCUCUGCCCAACCCACAAAAAGGGAGACAUCUCGGCCAACUACCAUGGAAUAAGCCUCAUUAACAUCGCGUGUAAGGUUCUAUCGAGCGUAUUAUGUGAAAGACUAAAGCCCACCGUCAACAAACUGAUUGGACUUUCUUCUUCUUUACUGGAGUAGACACCGCUUACGCGGUUAAAGCCAAGUUAUUAGUGCGCCAGUCGAUACUUCUACGUUUCGCUACGUGGAGCUAAUUGGAUAUUCAGAGCGAAACCAGGUCCUUCUCCACUUGGUCCUUCCAAGGAAAUGGAGGUCUUCCUCUACCUCUGCUUCCCCCGGCGGUUACUGCAUCGAAUACUUUCAGAGCUGAAGCGUUGUUAUUGAAUGGUUCGGAGAGGUCCUUCCCGAUCCUGAUGAAGCUUUUGGUGUUGCUCAACGUCAGUUUACACAACCGUAUUAGUUUCACAGAGAGUUUUGCAGCGCCUUUUCGUGCUGUCGAAAGCAGCUUUGAAAUCGACGAAGAGGUGGUGUGUCCGCAUCGCCUUCUCCUGGCGUUGUACGUUCACUGCCAUUCAGCAGCCUGUAGAAGUGUUCCCUCCAUAAUUUAAGUAUGCUCUGGGUAAAAAUUUAAUAACUUUACAAGAGUAUGCUCCGGUCUUAAAACCUUUUGUUAGCCGCUGCAUUUAUUCGUGGAUUUUCUAGCAUUACCCCUGUCGGCCAGCUUGUCAAAUUCUUCAUACUCACGCAUUUCGGAGUCUUUCUUUUUCUGUCUGCAAAUGCGUCUCGCUUUCCUCUUCAACUCUCGGUAUCUAUCCCAUCCCGCACGUGUUGUAGUCGAUCGUAACCAAUGGUUUCGGUAGCGAUGGUGCCAAAUGGCUUGAUGAAUUUUCUUAUACUGGAAUGUAGUACUACAGAUAACCUUAUUUCGGGCACCGAUGAAAUCGAUCAGCCUCAAUCCAUUUGGGGAUGUUUCUCCGUGGAGACUUAAUUUACCUACUAAUGCGCCAAAGACGCCUUUUUGACCACCCUGGCGUUAAAGUCCCCAAGCACUAUUCUGAUAUCAUUGUGGUGGCAGCUCUCUUAGGUGCGCUCCAAGCUCAUAUAAGGCAUCUUUGGUCACAUCGUCCUUAUCUUCCGUCGAGACGUGGACGCAAAUCAUAAAUAUGUUGAAUAAUCUCUUUUUACUGCGGAUUGUGGCUAGACGUUCAUUCACCUUAGUGAAUUAUAGUACUCGGCGACGGAGCCUCUCUUCCACCACGAAUUCCACAACAAUUUUCUUUCCUUUAUAUGGGCAGUGUAGUGAAAGCCACAAUGACCUACUCGCCUCUGUCCUGGUCCAUUCCAUCGCAUUUCUUGGGCGGCGGUGAUGUCAGCCGUCACUCUAACAAGGACAUCAACCAGUUGAGCAGCGGCACCUUCCCAAUUAAGGGACCGGACAUUCCAAGUGGUCCUUAAUUCGCCUGCCAUGGUCGUCAUAAAAAGGGGAGUCUCACAUUUGAGGCUGGUUGUAAUUUUUCAUAGGGGGUGUUUUUCUCACUUUCGCUUGCUAAAAUGGAUGUUCUUAGGUUACCCAGAGGAUACUUGGUCAAAUACCGGAAGUCAUGAGCUGCUUGAGCCAUAUGUAAAAAAAUCGUUUCUGGCCACUUCCAAGCGAAUGUCGAUCAGAGAACUUUCCUCUCUUGGGUGAACUUCUACAAAUGACUCUAUCCUCCAGUGUGGCUUUAGACCUGGAAAAUUAAAAACCUCUUCGUCGAUUUCAAAGUUACUUUCGACAGCACAAAAAGGAGCGGCCUUUAUGCCGCGAUAUCCUCGAUGACCUCUCGAGCUUCAAUCUGCUGCUGAAAUAAUUCGAGCUGCAGAACUUAAUCGAACAGGUACAAUCUUUUAAAAGAGUGUUGAGCUGCUACCGUAUGCCGAUAAUAUCCGUAUCAUUGGCCUCAACACCCGCGCCGUUAGUUUUGCUUUCUCCAGAAUUGACAAGGAAGCAAACCAAAUGGGUCUCCCAGUGAACGAGGGCAAGACGAAAUAUCUCCUGUCAUCAAACAAACAGUCGUCGCGCUCGUGACUUGUCUCUUACGUCCCUGUUGACAGUCAUAACUUUGAAGUUGUAGAUAGUUUCGUUUAUUUAGGAGCCAGUAUAAACACCACCAACAAUGGCAGCCUGGGAAUCCAACGCAGGACAACUCUUGCCAACAGGUGCUACUUCGGACUGAGUAGAAAAUUGUGAAGUAAAGUCCUCUCUCGACGAACAAAAACCAAACUCUAUAAGCCACACUUUAUUUCCGUCCUGCUAUGUGGUGCAGAGUCUUGGACGAUGACAACAACUGAUUAAACAUUGUCAUAGUUCAGCGAAUUUAAAGACAGCAGCUACGCUGGCUAGGUCAUGUUGUCCGAAUAGACGAAAACACUCCAGCGCUGAAAGUUUUCGACGCAGUAUCCUCCGGGAGAAUCAGAGAAAAGCCUCCACUCGUUGCAAGGACCAGGUGGAAUAUCCAAUUGGCGCCACGUAGCGAAAAGAAGGAACGACUGAUAUAAUCGCGUAAGCAGUGUCAGUAAAGACGCAGUUAGGAAGAAGAAGUGAAAUAGUGACCGAGCGUCUUUAAAAUUUUACACUUUUUUUGGAUUUUUUUUAGUUUAGCUAAGAGAUAAUUUAUUAAAAUAUCUAUUUGAAAUCUAUUCGAGUUUUGUGUUUCCGAUAGAAACUUCGACCUGCAUCCUGCCCGCCGUCCGACAAAUGCACAUGCGAGAUGCAUUGGGCAAUUGUUUCUUAAAGGCAGAAUAUCAUAGAUUACGUUUCCAAAAAAUUUGUAAAUGUUUUUUAAAUCUAUAUAUAUAAAAGAAAGUGACGUUAGUUACUACGCUUAUAACUGGAGAACGCCUGGACCGAUUUCGGUGAUUACCACCAAUUCGGACAGGUCUCCGCUCAAACAAGGAGAAUACUUAAGAAAAUUCUGGAAAAUUUUCCGAAAAAAAAAUUAUAAAGAAAAUAAAUUUUCAAAUACGAUUUUAAAAAGGAAAUAAAAACGAACAUGAUUUUAAAUGCUGUAUUGCCAGUUGUGUGCACCAACUUUUGACAGCUGCAUGCAUAUGCACAGUUGGCAACCCACGCAAAAUGCAAGGACAUAUGUGACUUGAGUUUAGUAACAUAAAUAUGGGCAUUUUCUUAAGCUUUUAUCGGCUUUCGUUAGUUAUUGUAAUUCAAUUUGAUUUAAUACAUCUAUAUAUAUAAAAAUGAAAUGGUGUAUAGUUGUAACGCUAAAACUCGAAAACAGCUGAACCAAAUGAAAUACUUCCUUUGGGGGAUUUGUUUGUUAUUACCACGCAGGUCAUGUCUUAAAAUCAGAACAAAACAUUAAGAGGGCGUGGCACCUCCCAUACAAAUUGAAUUUUUCAAGUCGAAUAUCUUCAAAAGUGUUUAAGGUAGGAACAUGAAAAUUGGUACAGAGCUACAGGAUAACAACAUCACUCUCACCUAUAAAACCGGGGGCUAUCGAAUAAGGGGACGUGGUACCUCCCAUACAAACUAAAUUUUUUAAACAGAAUAUCUGUUAAAGGGUUCAAGGUAGGGACCUGAAAAUUGGUAUAGACCUAUAUGGUAUCAAAAGCCUUCUUACACAUAAAAGAAGGGGUAAUUGGAAAAGGGGGCGUGGCACCUCCCAUACAAACUGAAUUUUUCAAGGUGAAUAUCUUCAAAAGUGUUUAAGGUAGGAACAUGAAAAUUGGUAUAGUGCUAUAGGAAACAACACCAUUCCCACCCACAAAACUUGGCGUUAUCGAACAAGGGGGUGGUACCUCCCAUACAAUCUUUAAUUAUUUUGGUUGUUAAUCCACCAUAUAUUCAUCUCAUUUUCCACCUAGCACGACAUUUUGGUUGUUUCUUGCUAUUUAUGUUUAUUUAUCGGUGACAGUAGCGGUUACAUCGUAAUUUUGGUUGUGUUAGUACUAUUUUUGGUUUAUGGAAAUGGCAGUUUUAUGAAACAAACACAAAUUAAAUUAAACGUCAAUUUUUCAUUGCAAUCGAACACGCAAAAUUUAGAGGGCAAUAAAAAUGCGCCUUGCUUUACUGAUAUAUUGAUAUAUUUUGUUUUAAAAAGUGAGUUAUUUAGUGAAACUGAUUUAGCGUGUUGGCGAAUACCGAUUUAUGUACAUUGGAAUUUAUCAUUCAAUUGGUCUGCUUCCUUAGUUUAAUUCAUUCAUUUUUGGAGUUUUCAAAGGUAAGUUAUUGGUCCGUAAAACCUUAUAUGAACUUUAUGCAAAUGAAUGAUCAUUUCCAAUUAGAUAUUUGUUACGAUGCCAAGAAUCGGUACGUAUGUUAACACUUCUCGGAGUUCCCAGGCCGCAAGGAGAACACGAAAUAGCAGAGCACGUCAAAGGGAAAGUGUUAUUGAGAGGGUAUCACCACGAAAUAGACUGCUGGAGAAUAGCACGCACCAGUUAGAAGAUGUCAACCAAACAUACAAUCAGCAAGAACGAUUGAGAAGAAGGGAAGUUCACAAUCAGCAACAACGAUCGAGAAGAAGGGGAGUUCGUGCUCGCCAAAGUGAUGAAGUAAGAUCACAACAUGCGAUUAUUCGACGACAACAGCGGCAACAUCUUUCUUUUGUGAACAUUGAACGGGCAGGUUUUCGAUAUGAUCCAAAUAUUCAAUAUAGCGCAUCCAUUCAAAUCGGUCAGAUGUCAGUAGUUUGCCAAUAUUGCAAUGCACCGCCAGGGUUAUGUUGCGCCGGGGGAAAGGUUAAGUUGCCAGAAUUGCUUCCACCACCACAGCCAUUGUUCCACCUGCUUUACGGUGAAUCUCCUCACUCGAGCCAUUUCUUAAAGCACACUAAUAUCGGUAUUCUGCUUGAGACGAUUGUCUCAUGUCUCUAAUUGUCGAAUUCUUCAUUUAGUGACUCUGUUAGUUAGGAGUCUCAUUUUGGUAUUCUGGCAGAUACAGUAUACUACUAUACAGUAUACUACUUUACUGCAUCUGCCAGAAUACCAAAAUGAGACUCCUGACUAACACAGUCACUAAAUUACUAUUGUGACAAUUAGAGACAUAAGACAAUCGUCUCAAGCAGAAUACCGAUAUUAAAUGUACAACGAUUGUUUUCAAAUGACGUCGUGUGGUGGUGAAAUUGUAAAUGAACAAAACUACAAUCCAACGUUUAACCCUUGUGUUGCCACCCAAAAAAAAUCACACUGUCUGCCGCCCAGGGUACCCGGGUACCCGUACGCAAAUUCGUGCGUAUAAGUGCGUUAUACUUAAAAAUAAUUGAGUGCAUUCUAUCAGGAUCUAUGUAUUGACAUCUUAGAAAGGUAUACCUACUUGAAUUUACCAUAUUAAUUAUGUACAGCCACCUUCAAAGUCCUAAAUCAGGGAUAAAACGCGCUCUGCUCUAACGUAAAUUUCUCGUUUCUCGAAAGGCAAAUGCGUGGAGUUCGAGUGCUAGAGAAACAGGUCGCUCUCUGAACUGCUUUGUACUUCAGGAACGUUCGAGAAUCCCGUGAAACGAAUGUAAUAAAAAAUAAGUAAAUAAAUAAAUAGUUCAGUUUCCGUCGUUGACUCGAAGAAGCCAGGCGUAUCGCUGCAGUCACUCCAGUCAGUUUGGAUAGUUCGUUAGCGUGAAUGCAUUACAUAUCGAUAUUCGUAGUUAUUUAUUUAUUGCAAUACUAUUGAAAAAAGUUUGUGAAGUGAUAAGUAAAGAUAAUUGUAUUUUAUUUACAUACCUCAGAUAAAUAAAAGGAUGGAGGAGUUAUCGAAAGCACAGUUUUUGAGGAAACGUAUAUACGUAUACAAUAAAUACACGAUUUAUUUACCAUGAUAGGUUUUUAAUUUUAUCGAAAAUUUAAUGCGAAAAAUAUGAAAAUAAAAUAUUUUUUUUGAUGAGUAUGGGGUAUAUAUAGUAAUGUAAAACAUAUUUUCGUAUACUCUCACAUAUACUUUUAUAUAUUCCAAAGAAAAACCAAGCUCUAAUACUUCUUAGUCCGAUGCACUAUGAUUAUGAAAUCUCUGAUGCAGCUCACAAAAAACCAGAAAUGAUUUUGUUUAAUAAAACAAAAGAUGGCGUUGACACCAUGGGUCAAAUGUGUUCGAGGUACUCCACCCAACGGCGAACGUGUAGAUGACCGCUGGCUUUCUUUUUCAGCAUCCUCGACAUUGCAGGUGUAGCUGCUUAUGCAAUCUACUAUGAGAAUAAGAGCAUGCUUCGCAACAAAACAAACAGACUUUUCCUUCGGCAAUUGUCAGAAGAAUUACAAUGCCGAUGAUCGAAGAGCGAGCCCCGAACCAGCAAAUAAUGCGAAACCACUCUACCAAAAUCGCAGUCGAAAGUUUCUUUGAAAGGCCAAUUUCUGGGUGGUACCCAGAAAUGACCAACGUUGAGACGCCACUGCGAGAAGAGCUGUUGUAGGAUCUUUUUAUAUUUGUAAGGAGCAGCCUAUUCGCAAACGACGAAAACAUGGAAAUCCUGCGUUGAGUGCGAUAAGCCCGUAUGCGAUCAGCGUUCGGUGAACAUUUCUAAAUGUUUACAUUGCAAUGAGUAAUUUUGAUUUUUUCUUAAUUUUCUAAUUAAUUCUUAAAAUUUAGUUAUUCAAAUUGACUUGUUCAAAUUAUUACUUAUAUUUCACUGUGCAAAAAGCAAAAAAAUCAUUAAUUUUUUUGAAACUCUAUACAGUAUAUUUUAUCAAUAAAUGUUUAAUUAACAUAAUUUGUUAUAGUUAUCAUACAAAUACUUAUUUACUCCUUUUAGUUAUAAAAUAAAAUUAUUAUCAUAAUGUAUUACACGAACUGCGCCGAAUUUCUGUCGGGGUACCCUGGUACCCGGGUGGCUGAGACGUGUUUCUAUUUUCAACUGUAACAUUUCUGAAGUUAGAAAAAAAUUUGAGCUAUGUAUAAUGCACAAUUCGCUCGAUAAUCGGUUAAACCAUGGGGAUCCAAGAGGAUUUUAGCCUAUCCUUUUUAGAAAAAAUAUUAUUCAACAAAAUACACGCCGGUGGGUACCCGGGUACCCGGGUAGCAACACAAGGGUUAAGGUAUUUUUGCCAAACAAUAUUCGACAGAAACUACAGAACUUUCCUCCAAUUAUACAGGUUCAUGGGCAAAUUUUUCAUCUCGCUGGAUCGCUGCUACUUUCUGGGAGAUUCACAUGAUGAAGUAAAUCGGCGUUGUGCUAUCUUCAAUACAACGAAAAGAGAAAUAAUCGAACAAUUGCAGCAAAUGUUCCACGAUCACAAUGGCCUCAUUAAACUGUUUACGAUUUUGUUGGAACGUAUGCCAACAAAUGAUCAUAGUAUAAUCAUACAAGCGGACAAAAGACCAACAGGGACACAUGAAAGACAAUAUAAUGCACCUACAGUUAGCGAAAUAUCAGUUGUUGUUGUUGGAGAAAAUUUGCAGUCGCGUGAUAUUGUUAUCAAACGUAGAAAUCAAAACGCACUAAAACGGAUAAGUGAGACACAUCGGUCUUACGACGCAAUGCAAUAUCCGCUCAUGUUCUGCCGUGGAGAAGACGGAUAUCACUUAGGAUAUAAGAUGAUAAAUCCGGUGAAUGGUGUCGAGACAAAUAAAAAAGUCAGUUCAAUGAAGUUUUACGCAUAUCGAAUGAUGAUUCGCCAAAACUAUGACAACCACUUACUGAGAUAUGGACGGUUAUUUCAACAGUAUGCAGUUGACAUGUACGUUAAAGUUGAGACAGAACGACUUAAUUACAUGCGAUACAAUCAGUCGAAGUUACGAUCUGAAGAGUAUAUUCACUUAAGAGAUGCAAUGAAUGGUGAUGCGGAUAUUACAGAUAUUGGUCGACUCUAUAUUUUGCCAUCGACAUACAUUGGCAGUCCUAGACACAUGCAUGAGUACUCCCAGGAUGCGAUGACUUACGUGCGCAAUUAUGGACGGCCGAAUUUUUUUGUUACAUUUACUUGCAAUCCAAAAUGGCCAGACACUACGAAUCUAUUCCAUCCCGGUCAAUCACCAAGCGAUCGCCACGACGUUACAGCACGCGUGUUUAAACAAAAACUCAGAUGUUUGAUGGACUUUAUUACGAAACAACGUGUAUAUGGCACUGUUCGAUGCUGGAGUGGCAGAAGAGAGGUUUGCCCGACGCACACAUUCAUCUUUGGAUGGUGGAGAAAAUUACACCUGACCAAAUUGAUGACAUCAUUUCCGCCGAAAUUCCUGAUGUUGAAAUAGAUCCAGAGUUGCACGAAGUGGUGAUGGCCAAUAUGGUUCAUGGGCCAUGCGGAGAACACGAUCCAUCUUCGGUUUGUAUGUCGGACAGUAAAUGCAAAAAACGCUAUCCCCGUGCUUUUAUUUCGGAAACUCAAACUGGAAGUGACGGAUACCCUCUCUAUCGGCGUCGCUCACCCGCUGACAAUGGCAGAACAUUCAUCACUCAAUUGAAAGGAAAGAAUUUCGUGGUUGAUAAUACAUGGAUCGUUCCAUAUUCGCCAAUUUUGUCUAAGGCAUUCAAAACACAUAUAAAUGUUGAGUAUUGCAGUUCAAUAAAAUCAAUUAAGUAUGUUUGCAAAUAUGUCACCAAAGGAAGCGAUAUGGCGGUUAUUGACGUUGAACGAGAUGAAAUUAGCAAAUUUCAAAUGGGCAGAUAUGUGAACUGCAAUGAAGCAAUCCUACUGUUGUGCAUCUGGCAGCUCAUUUGGAGAAUGGCCAGCGAGUUUAUUUUAACGCAGAGAAGAUAGUACGCGAACGGAAAUACCACCAGCAACCACUUUAACAAGUUUCUUUGCAACUUGCGCCAGUGAUCCGUUCGCGAGAACAUUGCUUUACUCGGAGAUGCCUCGGUAUUAUACAUGGAAUGCAUCGUCGAAGAAAUGGUUACGCAGGAAGAACGGCCAUCCGGUAGAUGGUUAUCCAGGUGUUUUUUCAACUGAUGCAUUGGGAAGAAUUUACACAAUCCAUCCAAAGGACGAUGAUUGCUUUUACCUACGUUUGCUUUUGAUUAAUGUACGCGGUUCAACUUCAUUUGAAUCAUUGAGGACUGUAGAUGGUACCAUUUGUGCAACAUUUCGAGAAGCAUGUCAACAAUUGCAAUUGCUUGAACACGACAGUCACUGGAAUCAAACGCUAGCGGAUGCAAUAGCUUCUUCACCAGCCAUUACAGUUCGUACACUUUUCGCUAUUAUAAUUUCGACAUGUCAGCCUUCAAACCCGCGUCUAUUAUGGGAUACGUACAAAGAUGACAUGGCAGAAGAUAUUUUGCAUCGCCUGCGAUUAGCGACGAGAAAUGUCGACUUACAAAUGAACGCUGACAUCUACAAUGAAGCAUUAGUCCUUAUUGAAGAUUUAUGUUUACUUAUGAGUGGAAGACUAUUGAUUGAAGUUCAUAUGCCGGCACCAAGUCGUCAAACAAGGGAUUUAAUGAGUCGCGAAUUGGAACGCGAGCGUGCCUACGAUAUAACACACCUGCAACAACAAGUACAAACAAAUGUUCCACUUUUUAAUGAACAGCAAAUCAGUGCGUAGAAUUAGCUAAUAAAUGCUGUAGAUAGUGGAAACGUUGGCAUAUUUUUCCUCGAUGCGCCCGGCGGGACUGGCAAAACGUUUCUAUUAUCUUUAAUACUAGCAGAAAUACGUGGUCAAGGUGGUAUUGCAUUAGCUCUUGCAUCUACCGGGAUUGCUGCAACACUGUUAGAAGGUGGAAGAACGGCACAUUCAGCAUUAAAGCUUCCAUUAAUGCACAAUGGCCCACAAAUUAUCAUUAGAAGCACUCGACCGAACACUGAGAGAUUUGCGCAACAAUAAUGGUUGCUUUGGAGGAGUGAUGAUAUUUCUCUCGGGCGACUUUAGACAAACACUUCCCGUGAUUCCAAAAUCAACAGCGGCGGAUGAGCUAAACUCAUGUCUGAAGUCAUCGCAUUUGUGGAGGUUUGUUAAAACCAUUUCAUUGACCAUGAAUAUGCGAGUUUUGCUGCAAAACGAUAGAACUGCGGAGGUUUUUUCAAAAGAGCUGCUGCGAAUCGGAAAUGGACAAGUUCCGAUAGAUCCUUGCAGUGGAUUAAUAUCGAUUCCAACUACGAUUUGCCGAUUCACAUCUAAUAAAUAUGAACUAAUCAGUAGUGUAUAUCCAAAUAUUGCUCAAAAUUAUGGUAACUACGAUUGGUUAACACGCGCGCAAUUUUAGCAGCAAAAAAUAUGGAUGUCAACGACUUGAAUUGGACGACUCAAAAUCAAAUUCCGGGAGAUCGUGGUCAUAUAAAUCAAUCGAUCGCGAUGAAAAUGAAGACGAGGUAGUAAAUUACCCAGUUUAGUUCUUAAACUCUUUGAUGCCGCCUCAUAAUUUGCGUCUCAAAGUUGGGUCUGUAGUUAUUAUGCUACGGAAUCUUCAUGCUCCCAAACUGUGCAAUGGUACUCGACUGAUUGUGACCAAGCUAAUGGACAAUUUAUUAGUGGCAAGCAUUUUGAAAGGCCCGUUCAAAGGAGAGGAAUGCUUACUUCCCCGAAUUCCAUUAACUUCAACAGAUUUGCCAUUCCAAUUCAGACGUUUGCAGUUCCCACUGAAACAUGCAUUUGCGAUGACAAUAAACAAGUCACAAGGACAGUCGCUGGAAGUAUGCGGCAUAAAUUUAGAAAUGUCUUGCUUUUCACAUGGCCAGCUAUGUGGCGUGUUCCCGUGUUGGAAAACCUUCCUCACUCACUGUUUAUUUACGCCGCGGAACAGAAAACCUAAAAUAUCGUGUACCGUGCAGCACUAAACUAAAUAUGUACUAAAAUUGUAUAUUUUCGAGACUCGAUUAAAACUAAUAAAAUUGAAUGAGAAUAGUACAAACUUAAUUUUAUUAAAUUGUCAACAAAUCCUGGACGCGAUGUGUCAGCAUUAUUGAAAAAGAGUAGCAUUUUUCAAGCAAUUAAUUUCAAAAAGCAUUAAUGUACCCUCGUAAAAAAUGUUUAUCAGGCAGGUUCUGGCAAUUCACUUCCGAGUAAAAUUUGUAAAAACUUUGUCAAAUUAGGUACAGAAGGUAUUUUCCACAAAAUUUCACUCGGAAGUAAAUUGCAGAACCUGCCUGUAUAUCAUGUUUUUUUAUUUAAAUUUUUUAUCAAAAACAGUUCAAAAAACUCAGCAAUAAUUUUUCCCUCACUAUUUUUCAAUAUUGGGAAUUUAACAAGGACAAAAAAGGCGGUAUUUAAAGUAUACACAAUGAAAUUAGGAAAAAUCGUUCAUAUUCUAUUAGAACCAAUACCGGUGUAAUUUUUUAAAUGAAAAAAAAAAAAUCUAUUUUGGGCAGAACGAAGUUUGCCGGGUCAGCUAGUUAUCUAUAUAUAUAAAACAAUGAAAACUCGAUAAAAUUGGAUAAUUCCAAAUAGAAACUUUUUUCCAUACAAUUUUUUUUUUUAAUUUUUUUUGUUUUGUUUUUCAAUAUUUUGAUUUGUAAAUUAUUUGAAUACAUAGUUUAAUUUCGGUCGCUUGCUUUUUUAUUCCGGCUAUUCAAAAGAAAAAUUAUUGAAAAUUAUUCAGAGAAAACUUUACGUGUGUUUCACAAAAAGGGGUCAAUUGCAGAUUGAAAUUUGUUACGAAACCACGAAGAGGUCGCCCUAAUAUCGGUCGGCGUUCGUUUUGCCAUCAAAGUAUUGCAGCCCAAGGCAAGGCAAGGCAAGAAGUACUCCCAGGAUGCGGGGACAUACGUGCGGAAUUAUGGAUCGCGGUCAAUCAGCAAGCGAUCAUCGCAGCACGACUUUUUAAACAACAGUUGCGAUGUUUGAUUGACAUUAUCAUGAAGCAACGUAUGUAUGGUGCUGUUGGAUGCUAGAUGUACUCUGUUGAGUGGCAAAAUAGAGGUUUUCGGCACGCACACAUUCUUCUUUGGAUGAAAUCUUUUCUCCGGAAAUUCCUGAUGUAGAGAAAGAUCCAGUAUUAUAUGAAGUGGUGGAAACCAAUAUGGUUCAUGGACCUUGCGGACACUACAAUCUCUUUUCGGUUUGUAUGUCUGACAAUAAAUGCACGAAACAGUAUCCACGUGCUUUUCUUUCGGAAACACAAACUGGGAAUGAUGGAUAUCAACUCUAUCGGCGUCGCUCACCAGAUAACAGAACAUUCAGUAUUCAACUUAGAAGAGUGAAUAUUGAAGUUGACAACACAUGGAUCGUACUAUAUUCACCAUUAUUGGCUAAUUCAUAUUCAAAACUCAUAUCAGUGUUAAGUAUUGCAGUUUAGAGAAAUCGAUAAAAUACGUUUGUAAGUACGUCACCAAAGGAAGCAACAUGGCGAUUAUUGGUCUUGAACGAUACGGUCGAUACGUGAACUGCAAUAAAGCGCUUUGUAGGAUAUUUACUUUUGCAAUUCAUGAACGUUUUCCGACUGUUGUGCGUCUCGCAGUUAAUUUAGAGAAUGGGUAAAAGGUGUAUUUCAACCCAGAGAAUACAGUAUAGCCAGUGGAAACAUCGCCAGCAACAAAAUUAACAUUGUCGAGUUUUUUCUCAAAUUUCGUCAGUUAUCCGUUUGUGAGAAUAUUGCUCUAUUCGGAAAUACCUUGAUAUCAUACAUGGAAUGCAUCGUCGAAGAAAUAGUUAAGCAGAAAGCAAGGCCAACCAGUAGAUUGACAUCCAGGUGUCUAAUGCAUUAGGACAAAUUUACACAAUCCACCCGAAAAACGAUGAUUGUUUCUACCUUCAGUUGCUAUUGAUUAAUGUACGCGGUUCAACUAUAUUUGAGUCAUUGAAUGGUUCGAUGUGUGCAAGUUUGGAGAAGUAAGCCAGCAAUUACAUUUGCUGGAACACGUUAAUCACUGGAAUGAAAAUGAAGUUCGCAUACUUUUCGAUAUAAACAUCGACAAUGCCAAAGACAUUUUACAUCGUUUUCGCUAAAAAUUGGAAAUGGUACAAUUUCGGUUGAUACUUCCGGUGGCUCGAUAUCAAUUCACGAAAGAUGAACUCAUCACAAAUGUUCGGACAUUGGCUAAAUUAUCGUAACUACGAUUCCUUAAGUGCACGCGCAAUGUUAGCUGCCAAAAAUACCGAUGUUGUUGACUUAAACUGGAAGAUUCCGGGAGACUUACGCUCAUACAAAUCGAUCGAUCGUCUUGACAAUGAAGACGACGCCGUGAAUUAUCCAGUGGUAUUUCUAAAUUCUUUGGACAGCCUUGGUAUGCCACCGCAUCAUUUGCGUCUCAAAGUAGGAUCCGUCGUUAUUAUGUUUUGCAAUGUUCAUGCGCCGAAUACAAGGGGAAGAAUGCUUGAUUCUACGAAUUCCAUUGAGUUCUAACGAUUUUCCAUUUCAGUUCAAACGUAUUCCGGCAUAAAUAAGGAAAUGCUAUGUUUUUCACACGGUCGUGGCGUGCUCACGAGUUGGAAAACCAUCUUUUCUGUACACCGGAACAGAAACCAAAAAACGUUGUUUAUAAAGCUGCGUUACAUUGGGAAAAAAAAAAAAAAUGAAAUAAUAAAUUUAACUUUCUUUUCAACGUGAGCAAUCCUACAUACAUAAUUUUACGCAGGACAACGGCUGCGGGGUCAGCUAGUAUACUAUAAAACUAUAAAUCCUAGAAAUUUUGCUUUAUUUAUAUUUGGGGGACAAAAAUUAAUUGGUGAAAUUUUUUUGAAUGAAAAAUCGAAAGUUCCUAUGUUAAAUGAAUAAGAGCUAACAAACAAAACAAGCGACCCCUUUAGAGUUAAGCUACAGCACGUGGCUUGAGGGAGGAUUUUUUUGGGACAAUCAAUAACAUUUGAGGGGGUAAGAGUUGAAAAAAAAUUAAAAAAAUUUUUUGAAGCUACCUAAUAAAUACUGUAUAUGCACCAAUCUCCACCUAUCUCCUUCUAUGGCAUUUCCGCAAUAGCUGCGAGCUUGUUAAUUGCGUCAACGGUUGAGCGUUGUUUUCGGAAGCCGUACUUGUUGCUAGAUAGGCUGCAAUUCUCCCCUUCUAGAUUAUAUUUAACUGCGAGCUUCAGGUCCUUGUUCGGAAUUUCAUCCAGGCCUGGUUCUUUGGAAUUACUGAACCGUUCAGCAGCUUGUAGCACUUCGAGAUCAUUUACUUGUGCUGUAUCUGUGGUCUCUGCUUUUUCAAGAAGUAGCCUUCCGCAUUCUUGGCUUUGUAGGGAAUAGCGUUUCUACCACAUUUUUAAGUAAGGUGGAACAGGUCGGUGAUUGCCCCUCCUGUAUUUCCCAUUACGAUUUUAUACCUUUUGCUACAGGGGUUUCGUCCAAUUUGUUGCAUAGCAUUUGGAGUAAGAAGUUUUGCUCGCCUUUUUGAGAUCACUGCGCUUUUUCCUAAAGAUUUCCCUCCAUCUCAUACAAUCGCCGCUGCCUAUGCUCACAGUAAAUCGAUUUCAUUGUUCCACCAGUAUACUGACUUUCUUUGGCUGUUUGUUUCCUUGUGGCCAUGGCCGCUUCACAGGCUAUGAUCUACCAGCAGUUUGGUCUGAUGAUCUACGCCAGUAUCUUCCUUCAGGAUUUCCUCCAACUUAAAUUCAAAAAUUUCCUCAUCAAGUGUUUCAAUCUUCCAACUUUGGACUGCACUUUUUGGCGAUAACCGGUUCUUCGUAGUCACUGCGCGUGUUUGCUAAUGUUUACCAUUAUAGCCAGGUGAUCGCUCUGGGUAUAUAUGUAGCGCACCCUCCAGUCGGUUGAUCGAAAUGUUCUUUGUCUCUGUGUUCAGCAGGACAGCGUCUAGCACAGCGAAGGCUUUAAUCAGUGCACUUCUUCUUUGGUUCGUCUAGUAUUUUUUCAUAUUCAACAAGUGAUAUGUUACAGAAAUUAAUUCCACAUAUUUUAGUUCUUGCAUAGUAUGCCUUUCCAGCUAGAGGCUUCUGUUGAAAUGAUUUGUCUCAUCAUGCCCAUAUUGCUACCUUUUUUUGAUAUCAAAGAUCCAAUUGUCAGUGCAUUGUUCAAAAAUUAUUGCUACAUCGAUAUUAUUUUCAUAUACCGUUUGCACGUUGCUAUGUUAAUGGUCAUUUUCGGCUUCUUAUUUAGCGCAAUACAAAACGAUUUAUUAAUAGAGGAUUUCCCAAAGUGACCCUCCGCUCCGCAUUUUAUAGAGCAUUUUUUCCUGUCUUCCAAGUUGCUGCUCGCCUUCGCCACAUGUUCAUUCCUAACACCUAAACCACUUCUUCUUCAGUUGAGCCUUCUCCUUUAUUCUGCAGAUUGUCCAGCCGAUCUUAAUAUUUUGAGCCUGUAGUAAAUAUCUUGCUUCAUGCGCCGAAAGACUUCUUUAACUUCUGGACGGAUUGCUUCUGUUAUGACUUCUUUUGUGGUGAUAUUGUAAUUUGAUUUAACUGUUCGAAGAAUGUCUGCGUACGUCAUUUCCUGUCAUGCUUGCAUUCUUCUCACUUUUUUCCGCUGUGUCUUACGCUGGACCUUGACCCAGUCUUCCUCUGUUCUUGGUUUCACUCUACUCGUAGCAUGUUUAGGAUAACUUCCUCUUCCCUCAUUUGACAAGUCGCCUACCGUUUUCAUCGAUGGCUCUUCAUGAGCGGUUUUAGUUUUUUGGAGGCGUCCUCCUCCCCAUUUGCUUGCAGUCACGUGGCCUUUUACGUGUUAUUUCAACAACUUCUGGCUGGCUUGACACGUUACGCUUUAAUUCACCCUGUCGGAUAUGCUCAUCCUUGGCGCAUGCGUAAAGCUUCGCGAUUGACCCGAGUAAUUCGCUCAAUCGGGCGCAUCAUAUCAGUUAAUUUGUGUAUCAUAUCUCCUAGAUCACCCAUGUGGUCUCGUUUGCCUAGUCUCCGAGGGUGAAGUUUUGGCUUGCGCUGCUCUAUCCACCGAUUGCUCUUUUACAGCCGAUCUGGCCAUCUCUAAAUAAUCGAUAUUUUUGUUGUUGUCGUUGCAAAUUUUUUCCACUAUUUUCUCCAUUAAUCAGUUUUAUCAGAGCAUCCACUGGAACCGAGACCUGCAGGUGGAAUCGGGACCAACCGACUUGUAUGUAUGUAUAUACAUUAGAGUGUGCCAUUCUGAGGCAACCUUUUUUUUUCAACUGAAAAACAGGCUCAAAACUUUCGAAAAUGUGUAAAAAAAAGUCACUCAAAAGAUUAGCUCUUAAUAUUAAUAUUAAGAGGUGCCUAUUUCAAAUUUUCUGUUUUCCAUAUAAAUUACAUGGAAAAAAAAUCUUUUUUUUUGUGGUGGUUAUUGUGCGGAGGUUUUACAUGUGCCCCGAUGGAUGCCAGUACGGAUGGUAAACUCGAUCCCGAUUCUACUCGAGAAUCGAGUUUUCUCGUAAAAUAAUCGAUUUUUCGAAUGUCAAGAACCGAUUCUUAAUCCACUUCGACUACUGAAAAUCGAUUUUAAAAAUCGAUUAUUUUACGAGAAAACUCGAUUUUCGAGUAGAAUCGGAGUCGAGUUUACCAUCCCUACUAGCAGCUAUCGGGGCCCAUAUAAAACCUCCGCACAAUAACCCCCACAAAAAAAUGAUUUUUUUUCCAUGUAAUUUAUAUGGAAAACAGAAAAUUUGAAAUAGGCACCUCUUAAUAUUUAUAUUAAGAGCUAAUCUUUUGAGUGACUUUUUUUUACACAUUUUCGAAAGUUUUGAACCUGUUUUUCAGUUGAAAAAAAAAGGUUGCCUCAGAAUGGCACACCCUAAUAUACAUAUGCAUGUAUGUUAGUUGAUUUGCUUACAUCAGAUUGGUAAAGGUAAAUCACUUUUAUGGUAAGUAUCUUGUUGUAGAGUAUAUCAAAAAUUUCGUUGGUAUACCUAUAUGCAAGUAUGAUUCUGAUACUAAGUAUGGAUGUGUACAAGUACAUUCAUUUUUCAUUGACCACCAAACUUUAUUGUAAAAGUUAAAUAUAUAUAUACCCGUAUGUACAUACGCUUGGCUUUUGUCUCAGCUAUCCGGUCACAAUUUUCAUAAAGCAAUGUUAAAUCCUUUCACGUUUACUAUUAUGUCUUAAGUUAAAAGCUUUACACUUUAAAAAGCCCAAUUGCUGUGAGUUUGUACAAAAUGGAGUGAUAAGAGUGGUCGAAAAAAACGUGUGUCUUUAUCGAAUUGAUUUGACUUUAUAAAAAUAAAUCUGUUUAAUUUACAUCAGCUUUUUUAGUAAGUUUCAAUUCAGUCAAUGUACCCUAAGCAAUGUGGCAGUCCACUGAAACUUGUUUUAGGAUUACGUGUCUUCCAUUUGAAUCAGGACUGUCUCUGAUAUAUUUAGACCACACUUUUAGUACUUUUGAAAAAAAAAUGAUAUCGGAUGUUGGCGAGACAAUCACCCGACUUCCUAAUUUUUAUGAUAUGACAUAUCUUAAUCCAUUUUUGUCCUCUAUACCAAAUAUGACCUUUCUCCUAGUUUGUUUACAAAUACGUACUGUCUGUUUAAGAUAGUAGUCUGGUAACUUAUGCUUAUUUUCAUAACUUCUUUGGAAGGUGGUUUAUAUAGGAAAAUAACAAUGAAUUAUCUCGAAUGUUUAGAGUGUUGUUAUUUACAUAUUGAAAAUAUAAAAAAAAAAUCAAGAAGCAGCGUUAACUAAGACUGCACCGAAGCUAAUAUACCCUUCACAUGUGCAUUUUUUUUAGUAACUUUGUAUGGAAGCUACUGAACAAUUUUUUUGGAGAUUGUAGUAUUACCUUAAGCAGUAAUCCACGUCAAAUUUCGUGAAGAUACCACGUCAAAUGCUGUAGUGAGCUGAUCUGAACAAUUUCUUCCGAUAUUACAUUAUUCCCAUGAAAAAUAACUCAUACAAAAUUUCGUGAAGAUAUAUCGUCAAAUGAGGAAGUUUCCCAUGCAGGUAUUUGAUUCCGAUCCUUCAGUUUGUAUGACAGCUAUAUGCUAUAGUUAAUCGAUCUGAACAAUUUCUUCGGAGCUUACAUUGUUGCCUUAGAAAAUAACCUGUGCCAACUUUUGUGAAAAUACAUUGUGAAAUGUGCACGUUUUUCAUACAAGAACUUGAUUCCGAUCGAUCAGUUUGCAUGACAGCUAUAUGUUAUAGUGGUCCGAUAUCGGCAGUUCCGACAAAUUAGCAGCUUCUUGAAGAGAAAAUGACGUUUGCAAAAUAUCAAAACAAUAUCUUAAAAACUGAGGGACUAGUGCGUAUAUAUUCAGACGGACGGACGGACAGACAGACAGACGAACAUGGCUAAAUCGACUCAGCUCAACAUACUGAUCAUUUAUAUAUAUGUAUGUAGGACUAAGAAAUGCAACCGUGCGGACUGGACAUUUUUGACACGCGACAACACUGACUGAACGAAAAGGGGACGCGAACGGAAAAAAACCAAUAACGGACGGCACUUGAAUAGCGGACGGCGACUAGUAAAGUGUAUUAGCUACUUAGAGUUAUAUUGUAAAGCGCCAGUUAAACAUUUAAGAAGAGCAAUUGAACAUUUGUAAAGUUAUAGUGAAUAAAGUGAAAUUAAAUAAAGAAAAUCUAUUUGUGAAGCGAAAUUGAUACGAUUUAUUUGUGUGCAUCAGUUUAUAAUUAUAUAUCGGUCGGUUGGCCGUACGCUAUACUCGUCACCGGAGGCUCAACGCAAGCCUUCCUACAAAUCGGAGGCUCAAAGUGAGCAAUCCUACAUAUAUAUAUACUUUAUAGAGUCUCAGACGCUUCCUUCUGGGUGUUACAAACUUAAUAUACCUAUAGACAUGUCAUUCUGGUCGGAACUACUGAAGUUAAAUUUCAAGGGUAAAUGGGGGACUUUGAAAAAAAGUCCUUUUAUUUUAGCAAAGAAAGAGUUGUAAAAAAAAGUUAGAAGUGAAAAAAAUUCUCGUUAGUACCGACGAGAACUAUAAGUGUGUAGAAUAGCCUGUUAAAAUUUGAAAGCAAUCAGUUCAGUGGAACUUCUGUCAGAAAUUUUCAGAGUACAUUCUCAAGACAGUGUACUUUCAAAUUAACCAAAAAAAAUUUCCAUUUUUGGAACCCAAGUUAUCAGAGUACUACCUUAAAUAUAGGAAUAUCAAUGUAAACCAAACCAACUUCGUUAUAUGUAUUCUAUGUUAUACUCAUAUGUAUCCACGUUCUCGUUAAAUAAAGUUUUGCUAUAUAAAGUUUCUAUUAUAUUAAACAUUUUCUAUAACUCUACUAACAUACACAUAUAAAUUCAUUAAAAUAUCAAACAUAAGGUCUUUUGGGAAUCACUAUUAUAUCGGGUAUAUCGUGGCUAGAAGAUCAAUUUGUACUGAUUUCAAAAGUCUUUGGCAUUAAACUUAUGUUAGCUUGGGAACCUAUUUCGAUAUGAUUUGUUUAAAAGAACGUAUGCAUUGAUCAAUGUAUUCGGUAUGAAGUCUAAUACAGUAACGGAUAUAACCAUAUUGUAUGGGGUUGGGAUACAAAGAAUACUUAACUAAACUUUGUAAACAUGGUGAAAAAUCUCAAGCUUUUUUGAGAUACGAAAAAGUUACUAUAACUGGGAUGCGCGAUUAAAAAAUAAAAAAUCACCAAUUCCCUGUUUCGAAAAAUAAAGUUCAGCCGACAAAUUAGAAUGCGUGAGUUAUAAUUUUAUUAAUUGAUCAAACACGAAAUUUAUAAUAUUAAUUUAUUUAUAAUAUAGAAUUUACAAAAUUUGGUUGAUACCGUUUACAAUAUAAGUCCACUUGCUUUCAAGAACGAAAUAAGAAUAACGAAUGUGUGAGAAUAUGAUGUGCUGAAUAAGUACGAAAGUAAUGCCCAUGAAUAGUAGGGUGAAUAGUACAAUAUGUAACUUAUGAGUAGUGAAUAAGUACAAAAAGUGAUGACCAUAAAUAAUACUGUGAAUAAUACAAUAUGUAACUUCUCCAUCGCUAGAAUUGAAGAUAUAUCUUAAAUUCUAAUAGAAUUUUCGAAUUUCAGUUUUCUCUUAAUAUUAGAGAUAUGAAUAUUUUCUAAAUUAGAAUAUUUAUAUUUCGGUUGUUCUUUAUGUCUUAAAGAUUUAUAAUUUUUUAUAUAUCCAUUACACCUUUGUUCUUUGUAAAAUUUUCUCUUUUCAUUUAUUUUAUUUAUACAUUUAUUUUUUCUUAUUAAAAUGUUUUCAUACAUUUUUCUUUUAUUACAAUUUCCUUGUUCAAUGUUUAUUGGUUUUUCUUUUGUAACUGAAUGGUAGGAAUUGUUAUAAUAUUCUAUUGCUUUACUAAUUUUUUCUUUUAUACUAAGAGAUUUUUGUUCAAUCAUUAAAACUCGAAUUUUUUCAGAAAUAGUGUUAUGCAAUCUCUCAAUAUCGGCAUUGCCAGUGUGGUUAUUAGGCUUCACUAGAUGAAGACUUAUAUUUUCGGUUUUUAAAUAAUCUUUAAUGUUUACACUUUUGAAUUCAUUAUCGCAAAUUAAUUUAUUAAAAUGUCACUUUUGAGAUUUAUAAAGUCUAAGUUUUUCUAUUAUUGUUUGAUUGGUUCUGUCUUCAAGAUAAUAAGCAACAGCAAAUUUUGAAAAACGAUCAAUAAAUGUUAGAAAAUUUGAUUUUGUAUUUGUGUAUACAUCCAUAUGUAUUAUUUGUUUUAUGUCUGUUGGAGUUUCAGUUAAAUGGAAUUUUGCUUUAAUUGAUUUGGUACAAGUGGAGCAAUUACACUAGCCGACAAUUUUGACAUUUUUUUUCUGCUCUGAAACCAAACUUGUUUUUUUAUGUUGCUUUGAUAAGGUACAUAUAUGAUUUGAAUAUAAAAAAAAAUUGCUAGGUCCAGGUUAAGAGAAAAAUAAAAGUAAAGUUUUUGUAAAAAAUAUAUUGAAUAUUACAAAUUUUUAUCCCUCAAUUUAUAUUUUCUUGUACUUUUUUGAACUUCUGCUGUAUUGGUAGUCAGGAUUAUCACAUACACAUAUCCAGCAAUAGUCUGCCAGCAUGCUAGGAGUCCAUUUGCCUUGAUACCUUUUCUCCAUACGGAAUAUGUUUUGGUGAAAUCUCUCCCCAUGUUCAUCACUGACUGCACCUAAAUUGGGAGGAAAAAAAUCCAAGUGCGAAUGUAGGAAAUGUAUUUUCAGGGACAUGUUACACCCUAAAGCCUGAAAUCCGUCAAUAGGCUUGAUAUGAGUUCUUCAUAAUCGGGUGAUUUGGUGUUACCCAAAAAAUUUUUUACAACCUCAACAAAUGAAAGCUAUGCUUUUUUUUCUAGCGUAUUUAGUUUAGAGACAGAGUUUUGAUUCUUCAUAACUCGUCGUAUGUCUGGCCCCACAAAAAUCCCUUCUUUUAAUUUCGCAUCACUAAGUCUCGGAAAUAUACUUUUAAGGUAUUGAAAACCUUCUCCCGUUUAUGCAUUGCUUUUACAAAAUUUUUCAUUAAGCCUAAUUUUAUAUGAAGGGGUGGCAAUACAAUAUUCUCGGGUUCAACAAGACGAAGAUUGGACACACUUUUCUGACUAGGUACAUAGUCUGUUCUUUUUGGCCACUCUUUUUGGAUAUAGUGUUUGCUUCGAGCUCUGCUAUCCCAUUCGCACAUAAAACAGCAAAACUUUGUGUAACCAGCUUGCAUACCUAGUAACAUCCCAACUACUUUUAAAUCAGAACAAAUUUUCCAAGAAUGUUUACCAUACUGUAUUUUUUGUAGUAGAUUUUUGAUAUUUUCAUAGGUUUCUUUGAUAUGUACUCCAUGCGCUAGAGGUACAGAAAACCGCCUUCAAACUUAUUUUCGAUGAAUCAAUAAAUAGUCUCCACUGAUCAGGUGAAUAGGUACAAAACAUUUUUUCCAUAAGCCCAUAUAGAUCUUUGCAAUAGACUAGAUCGUUUUCCUUUUCAAAGAAAUCCACAACACUACUAUGUCGUUUCCGAUAAGUACAGAUUCUUGUCUCUGGAUGCUAUAAAUUCCAUUGUUUUAGUCUAGAAGCUAAAAGUUCUGAUUUCUCUUUAGGUAAAUCAAGGUCACGAAUCAGAUCAUUAAGUUCGCUUUGAGUUAUCAGAUGUGGCUCUGUUGUUGACCUUGUUGGUGGUGACUCGUAGUCAUCGUCGUCAAAAUCGGUGUGGUCGGAAGUGUAAACAUCAACACUACUUUCUAAGCCAUAACUACCACGAGAAGUUGACGGUUGACGAACAAUAUUAUCGUAAUUGGACCUAAGGAUUUUUUUUGAUUAUUUUUCUAAUGAUGCACAUACUAACAGGAACCAAAAUAUAUAAUUUUUAUUUCAGAGCAAAAUCCAUUGUCGGCUGGUGUUAUUAAUGUAUUUUUGGAUUAAAAAUUUCAAAUUAGGAAUAUAAAUUAUCUUUUUUAGACCAAAGUAAUUUUCGUCAAUACCGGUAUGACCAGUUUCAUUUUUAUGGAAAUUAUUGAUCAGUUUAAAAGCUUCUUCUUCUGUUUCAACAUCUUUUGCAUGAUAUGAACAACGAACAAAUCUGAUAUUUCUAAAUCCUGAAAAUAAUUCUAUUAACUUAUUUUGUAAAAUAUUAUAAUGAUUGUCAUCUAACUCUGUAUACAUUCCAACUUUUCCUUUUGUUAAAUGUUCUUUUAAAAUUUAUUCUAAAUUAUUUUCUAAAUCGAAAAGGUUAAUAUAAAUCUUUUUAUUUUUAUGUUUUAAUUCCAUAUCCUUAGUUUUAUGUUGUGUUAAAAUAAUUGGAGUUUUAAAUCUAUUUACGACGGUUUCCAAAAUUGGACUGUGGUCGUGAAAGUCUUCAGAUUGUGAGUGAACGGUAUCUAAAUCGUCAGAUACAUUAUUAUAUAGAGAACCAGUAGAUGCAUUUAUCAUGUUAAUUUCUUUAUUGUCUGCAUUAAUUCUACUAAGAAAGUCCGCUAUUGAGUUGUCUCUACCUUUAAUGUAGGAAAUAUUUAUGUUGAAUUCACUUAACUUGAUUAACCAACGAUGUAACCUUGGACUCAUUUUCUCCUGCGAUUUAAUGAAAAGCCAUUUUAAGGGCUGAUGAUCUGAUAGAAUAUCAAAUUUGACACCACACAAGUAUGGUCUAAAAUAAUUAGUAGCCCAAACAAUAGCAAGCAGUUCUCGUUCAGUAGCUGAAUAAUUUUUUUCGUGAUCGUUUAACGUUCUACUCGCAUAACAUAGUGGAUGAUUAUCCUGUUGUAAAACAGCACCAAGAGCAUCUGAACUUGCAUCUGUGACGAGCUGAAACUGUUUUUCAAAAUUUGGGUACUUAAGUACCGGGGACUCCGUUAUUACACAAGCUUUUCAAAUGAAUUAAUAUUAUUUGGGUCAUUUACAUUUAAUUUAACGCCUUUUUUCAAGUAUCUAAUCAUUGGGUAAGCUACUUUUCUCUUUUAUAAAUUUUCGGUAAUAACCAGUAACACUAAAAAACGACUUAAUCUAUUUCACAGAUUUUGGCAAUCCCAAUUUCAAAAUUUGAUCGAUUUUACUAGGAUUUGGUCUAACUCCUUCAGGGGUUAAUAUAUGACCUAAGUACAAAGUUUCUUUUGAAAAGAACUUGCAUUUAUUUAUUUGGAUCUUUAAAUUUGCCUCACGAAGUUUCGUUAGAACUCGGUUUAUAUCAUUGAAGUGCUCUUGAAGACUUGUGGAGAAUAUCAAAAUAUCGUCUAAAUAGACUACACAUAUUUUAUUAAUAAAAUCCUUCAGUAGGUUGUUGAUGAAUCUUUGAAAUGUGGCAGGCGCAUUUUUUAGUCCAAAUGGCAUUCGGUUGAACUCGAAAUGUCCAUAUGGAGUGGAAAAGGCAGUUUUCGACCGGUCUUCUUGUUUAACAAGAAUUUGGUGAAACCCUUUUGCCAAAUCAAUUGUAGUGAAAUAUUGCGCUCGACCCAAUUUAUCCAAAAUAUUUUCAAUAUUUGGUAUGGGGAAUUUAUCGUCGAUUGUAAUAUUGUUUAAUGCCCUAUAGUCGACAACAAGCCUCCAUUUCUUUUCACCUGAGUUGUCUAAUUUCUUUGAAACAACCCAUAAGGGACUAUUGUAUGGUGAAUUACUUUCUCGGAUUAUACCUUGUUUAAGCAUGUCGUCGAUUUGCCUACAUAUUUCUUGUUCUUGUAUCUGAGGAUAACGAUAUAUUUUCGAAUAUACCGGCCUGUCUGAUACAGUUUUAAUUUCAUGAUUUAUUAUAUUAGUAUUUGUUAGAGUCUGUCCUUCUAUGUAAAUUAGGUCUUUAUACUUAUUAAGAAUUUUUUUUACAACUGAUUUUUCUUGUUUGUGUAAGCCGCGAAAUAAAUUGUCAAGGACUUGCUUAUCCACAUUGAUUUCUUCUAAGAUAUGCAUUUCACUAAACAUUAAUGGUUGAAAAAAUUUUAUUUUAUUACCAUUAAAUGUAACGGUUCGAUUGUACAUAUCGAUAACACUACGCAUUGGAGUCAGUAUAUUCUGUCCAAUAAUUGCAUUGAAAUAUUUACCCUUAAAGUCCACUAGUUUCCAAGUCAUAGUUGCAUUUUCACUAAAUUCAAAAGGAAGAUUUUUGAUUAUUUCUUCUGUAAUAUAAGUACUAUUAUUCAAUGAAUUAAGGCGAAUAUUUUGUAUAAGUUGUAUUCUUUUAUAUUUUACUAACUUAUUUGUAUCAAGUAGCGAUGUUGUUGCACCCGUAUCUAUCAAUGCUAAAAUUUUUUCAUUGUCAAUAGUUAAUUCUACUAACGGUAAUGAUUUAUUGAGGCAGUUGUAAAAAAAAUUCAAAUUGUCAUCAUAGUCGGAAACCCAAGAUCCUGCAUCUGCUUGUAAAUGAUCUACUUCCAUAGGUGACAUGUUAUUCGCAUCAUUAUUUCUAUUACGAAAUUGAGCGGAGUGGGUUUGUGCAUUAUUAUUCCGGAAAUUACCAUUAUUUCUCAUUUGAGAAGGUUGGUUUAAAAAAACAUUAUUGGUGUGAGAGUUGGAAAAUCUUCGAAAAUGUUUAUACCUACUCGAAUUUUGAUUAUUAAAUGUUUGAGAAGGUUGUUUAUAAAAAAACUUGAUUUUGUGUUGCAAUAUUGCUAGGAAACAUUGAAUUAGGAUAUUGCAAAUUUUGAUUACACUGAUUAGUAUUAAACUUAUCAGGAUUUCUUAAAUUAGUUUUACUUUCAGUACGAAUCAAAUCAUUUUCUUCUAAUAUCUGAAAACAAUCCCUAAUAUUAGUAGCUUUAGAAUUAAUUAUAAACGAAGCUCGGUUUACAUCAAUAUUAUUUAAAAAAGUACGCAAAAUAAAUUUAUCAAUACGUUGUGGUUCAUACUCCACUGGCUUUUCAAUGUCAAAUUCAAAUUUUUCGUUGAUUUUGCUACAAAUAUUACAAAGCUGUGUAUAAUAACUUACAAUAUUCUUAUUGAUAGUUGUAUGUGCACGUUUGAAUAGUUCGUCGUAUGUCUCCUUCACACCAAAGUUUUUUAUUAGCGCUCGUUUCACACACUCCCAUGUUGGCGAUCCACCCAGCAGGGAUAAAGGGUUGUUAAACUUAUUCCAGUGUGAGAGCGCCUCAAAAUAAGCGUUUUUUAUAACAUUUUCCAUUAUGGCCAGAUCGAACAAAAUAAGAAUUUUUGGGCAUUUUAAAUUAAAACACCCAACAUUUGGUACGAAUAAAAAUUACUAUGUAGUGGUUAUUUAUUAUAUGGAGAAACUAUUUAAAUCUUUUUAAUGUAUAUUACAAGUACUGAAUUUUGACCUUUCAAUACCCAAUAAAAGAAUUUAAUCCUGUUAGCUCUCAAUCAUUAAAUGUUUUUAAUCAUUGUCCAUUGAAAACAAUACUAUGAUGCCUCAAAUUACAAAACCUUUCAUCAAAUACCUUUAAAUUUCACAAAUUUAUUUAAUUUUCAUUGUUUUUCAUUUUUAUAAGUGGUCUUAAACGAUGCAACAAAUCCCUCCGUUUACAUAUUUUUUUUGGUAAGAUUUCAAUCUGGCCAUCGCUCGUUUCCAAUUGAUAAACGUCAAAACCUACUGAACUCGAUUAGCUGUCAAAGUUCAAUAGGUUUUGACGUUUAGCAAUUGUUCUCUCACUUCCAGUGAGAUAGGAGUUAAACAUCUCUUUAUCUCUGCACCCAGCGUUCGUAAAAUGUGAAGAGCGGAACCUUGUAAUUUAUUAAGAAUUACGUGUUCAUAUAUAUACGUUUGGAGAGUAGGUUGCUCUCUCACUAGAGUUUGUAUUGACUCCACUUCUCUUAUGAAUGAUGAUAACGCAUAUGUAUUGUCGCCUUUAAAUAUGACGAUUGAUUGUGCAUCUUUGAUGAUGUCGCUCGCAGUUAGCUGAAAUGCCAUGAUGCACUGGUAAUUCCUAUAUUUUGUUGCUUUUCCAACCAGUUCGCUAAAUAAACGUCGUUGCGCUAAUAAUUGUGUUCGUGUACGUUUGAAUCUCUGGAACAGCAGUCGUCGUUGUCGUCGUUGAUACACUCGUGCACAAUGUUGCUGUGGCUGCGCUGCUACCGUUGCCGCUAUUGUGCCUAUGCUGUUUUGUACUGUUGCCUCUGCUGCUGAUACGUUCAAAAUGCGAAUAACACAGAAACCGGCACACAACUUUUUGUCUUGCUUUGUGCAACACCACUGGAAAUAUACACACAGAAUCUGGCUGCUGUACCCAGAUUUUUAAUGUUUCCCGUUUGCUUUACGUUCCAAGUUCGUUUUUUACGUGAUACAACUGUGUGAGAGGACCCACUUUCUGUUUUAAUUACUACUUUAGAUUUUAUGUAUUUUCCAAUAUUCAAAAUUUUGUUCAAUACACUUUUACGAUUUUAUUUUUUUAUGAAGUUUGUUUUUCUUUGAAUGAAUUAUACAUAUUUAAUCGAAACUUUAUAACACUGCUUUUAAAUUAAUUGUGUUUCUAUUUUACGCUGCUCUUCAUUAACACUGGCAACGUCUUUGCCGAAAUGUCAAUUUGUGUGUUCGUUGUUUCUGUUUUUUUUUCUUCUUUUCGCAAUCACCUUUUUCUCACUUUAGCUGCUGUCUCUGUCACCGCUUCUUUCUUAAAUCUCUUCUUCUUUUUUUUUUCUUCAAUCGUCACUGUUCUAUUUCCAUAAAAUUCUAUUCGCUUUAAAGUGUGUUUCACGUUGCUUUUUUUUGUGUUAGCAGUAUUUUCAAAAUCCGUUAGCUUAACUCUCAUAUACAUAUACAAACUUUUGCAAACUGUACGAUGGCUUUUUUUCAAUUUAACUUUAGUUAAUUUACUUUAAAUUCACAUAUGUAUAUAUAAUAACUUAUACCGCAAAACUGUACGAUGGUUUUUUUCAAUUUAACUUUAUUUAAUUUACUUUAAAUUCACAUAUAUAUAAACUUAUGCCGCAAAACUGUACGAUGGCUUUUUUCAAUUUAACUUUAGUUAAUUUACUUUAAAUUCACGUAUAAUUUUAUUAAUUGAUCAAACACGAAAUUUAUAAUAUUAAUUUAUUUAUAAUAUAGAAUUUACAAAAUUUGAUUGAUACCGUUUACAAUAUAAGUCCACUUGCUUUCAAGAACGAAAUAAGAAUAACGAAUGUGUGAGAAUAUGAUGUGCUGAAUAAGUACGAAAGUAAUGCCCAUGAAUAGUAGGGUGAAUAGUACAAUAUGUAACUUAUGAGUAGUGAAUAAGUACAAAAAGUGAUGACCAUAAAUAAUACUGCGAAUAAUACAAUAUGUAACUCGUGCGUAUCGUUUCACGGUUCAAUUACAAUAGAAUUCUUUAUUUCACCUAAUUGCUAAGUCUAAAUCUUAAAACUAACGGCUUAAACUAGUGGUAAUAUAAAUAUAUAUUAAAAGGGGUAAGUAUAAUCUUCUACAACUUUUCGCUCAAUAUUGCAAAAAAUUAUGGUAAUAACAUUAUUAGGGUAAGUAUUUUAUAAUAGAUUUUCUUAAUUACAGUUUUUACAAUUAAUUUACAGGAUCAAUUUACUUCAACCUCCAUUGAAAGCAAGGCCAGCUUGUGGAUGGGACGCUUGAUUGUGCCCGCCUUAGUCGCCACUACUGCGACUCGCAGCUUGCCGUCUUGCCCUUCGACGGUUGCGUCAACGCGUCCGAGUACCCACUGCUGUGGCGGCACGUUGUCCUCGUGGACGAGGACGAGGUCGCUCAGCUGCAGAUUGCGAGUGGGGUGCAGCCAUUUGUUGCGUUCCUGAAGGCCCGUCAGAUAUGUUUUGGACCACUGUGGCCAAAACUGUUGCUUGAGAGAGCAAACAAGUUGCCAUCUCUCGCAGCAACGAAUUGGGUCCACUGGCUCCUGCUCUGGAGGUAAUGCUCGCAGGGAGCACCCUAUCAGUAAAUGCGCUGGGGUUAGUGCCUCGCCAUCGUUGGGGUCCUGGCUCAGCGGGGUUAGGGGCCAAGAAUUGAGGAUGACCUCCACUUCUGUCAGCAGUGUUAACAGUUCCUCUGCGGUCAGUAGCGCUUUGCCGAUUACGCGAACGACGUGAUGCUUGGCGGACUUCACCGCGGCUUCCCAUAACCCGCCGAAGUGCGGCGCCCUCGGUGGUAUAAAGGUGAAGCUGAAUCCUUCUUCUGCGGCGAAUCCCUUCACUUCUGCUGACUGGGCAAGAAAUGCCUCUUUCAGCCCGCGCAGCUUGCGGUCGGCGCCGACGAAGUUGGUGGCGUUGUCGCUGAAUAUCUUCGUUGGCAUCCCUCGGCGUCCAAUGAACCUUUUUAGGGCGAAAAUAAAUGAAUUAGAAGAUAGGUCCGAAACUAAUUCUAAAUGUACUGCUUUUGAAGUGAAGCAAACGAAAACUGCAAUAUAUGUUUUUACGGGUGGUCGACCGCGUAUUUUUAAAGUUGUGUAUAUCGGACCACAAAAAUCUACGCCACAUAUAAGAAGGGCCGUAGAGCUCAAAGUCUUUCGACAGGCAAAUUUCCCGUUAUUUGGUUUUGCAACUUCGGCUUGUAAUGAAAACAAUGUAUACAGUUUCUUACGGUUCUACUGCAAACUUCUCGGGCAUUAAUUAGCCAUAUGCGUUUUCGAAGAAGUGCUACCAACGCUUUAGCCCCAGCGUGGUGAUUUCGAAUAUGCAGGAACCGUAAGUAUGUUGUAACGAAGUGCGAACUUUUAUUUAAUAAAAGCGGAAAUUUGGCAUCGUAUGGGAGAGGUGCAUUUAAUAAGCAACCUCCUACUCGGAUUAAUUUGAACGACAGCGACUUAUCCGAGUACUCAUGCAAAAACGGGUUGAGUUUUUGCAAGUUUGUGGGUAGGGUGGUGCCUUUAUGCAAUUUUUGAAUAAAAUCCGAAAAUUCUGAAUGUUGGACCACCUGUGCAAUUUUUAGAAAGCUCAAGUUUAGCUCUUCUGAAGUCAGAUCUUGGCCCCUGGAGGAUUUUGGUGGUCGCCUGAUCCAUCGUAAUAUAUAUGCAACCACACGAAGCAAUUUUUUAUGAGAAGAGAAUUUUUCAAUGAGGUCCAAUAUUGAAUUUUUCUCAGCAGUCGAAAUUAAUGUAAAUGUAGUUUUCUUCUUCUCUAACGCUUCGUCUUCUGGUGAGAGCUGGAAGUGGUUAUUAAUUGGCCAUAAUGCAGGGUCUUCUUGGAGGAACUGUGGACUGCCAAACCAUAUUGAAUUAUUCAAUUCGUCCACGUUACAACCCGGAGACACUUGAUCCGCAGGAUUUUGUUUCGUUGGCACAUGUCGCGAAUGUACUUUGUCAGUCAACUCUUGGAUUUCGGACACUCUGUUUGCGACGAAGUUUUGUAGUGAAGAUGGAUGUGUUUUAAUCCAAUGUAAAACGAUUUCAGAGUCUGUCCUAAAUGUAAUAUUUUCGAAAUGUCGACUCAACAUAGGCGCUACUCUUGACCAUAAUUUCGAAGGAAGAUGUGCUGCCGAGAGCUCGAGACGCGGAAGAGAUUUGGUCUUCAGCGGAGCCACUCUAGACUUUGCAGUAAGCAGCAUGCAUUUAAUACCACUAGCAGAUUGGCUUCGUAUGUAUAUGCAGCAUCCGUAUGCCCUUAUUGAGGCGUCGGAGAAGCCAUGUAUUUGGCAGAUGGCACUCGACUCAACGUUUACGUAACGAGGAAUGCUUAUGGAUGAGAGCUGCAUUAGGUUGGCUUUAAAGUUCUCUUCUAGUUUUUGGAUCCAAAGCUCUUGCAAUAAGAUUUUUGCUUUGGUAACUAGUGGGGCUAGUAAUCCAAGAGGAUCGAAAAGGCGAGCAGAAAAUGAUAAUAUGUUUCGUUUAGUGGCUCGCAGAUCAUUAAAAUUGUCAUCUAAAACAAAUCGAAACAAAUCCUCUUUCGGCAACCAAUGGAUUUCUAACGUUUUAGUGGAACUUUUGUCAUUGAAGCUUAAUGACUUUUCAGUGCAAUCACUGUCGAAAAGUUUAGGGUGGUUCCAAAACCACUUCGUUAAGGAGAAUCCUGCCGAGUUUAAUAUUUUAAUUAUCUCACUUCUCAAAAGAUCUAGAGACUCAAAAUUUUCGGACCCUGUUAAUAAAUCAUCAACAUAAAAGUCUCUUUUGAUGGCCAAUGAACCGAGUGGGUAUUUCAUUGUAUUGGCAUCACUGAGCAUUUGCAAACAACGUGUUGCGAGAAAUGGAGCAGGCGCAGUGCCGUAUGUUACGGUGUUAAGACGAAAAAUUUGAAUUUGCUCAGAAGGAUGCUCUCCCCACACAAUAAGCUGACAAUUUCUGUCUUCUUCAUGCAUAAUUAUUUGACGGUACAUUUUAGUAAUGUCCAUUGUUAGUGCAUACUUAUGUAAUCGAAAACGAAGAAGAGUUGAGUAUAACUCUUCUUGGAUGGUAGGUUGAUGGUAGGUCCACCAUCAAAAGUUCAUUCAACGCUAUUUGAGUUGAAGAUCGACUCGAGGCAUCAAAUACAACACGUAAUUUGGUUGUUGUGCUCUCGGGCCUUAAAACGCAUUGAUGCGGAAUGAAGUAGUGUGGCUCACCCGGGAUCUUAUUGUUCGUUGGGCUCAUGUGACCCAAUGCUCCAUAUUCAUUCAUAAAGUCCAGAUACAUUUUUCGAAGUUCUGGAUCUUUUAAUGUCCUUCUUUUUUUUUUUUUUUGUUUCAAUAUCUUUUUAUUUAUUGAAUCUGCUUUUUGUUUUGAAAGCCUAACAAUAAGUAAUAAAAUCUUAAACCUAUUUAAAAACUA